ACAGACACAGACAGGUGGACACACAGACACACAGACAGGCGGACACAGAGACACACAGACACACACACACAGACAGCUGGACACACAGACAGGCGAAGAUGUUUUUGGUGCUUCUGCUCGGGGUAUGUCUGAGUGCAGCCUCGGCUGCAAAGCUGGGCGUGGUGCAGACGGAGGGGGGGCAGCUGCAGGGGAAGAACCACAGGAUGAGUUUGUUGUUCCGGAGUGUCGACGUCUUUAAAGGCGUCCCCUUCGCUGACGUUCCCGGAAAGUGGGAGAAGCCGACACCUCACCCUGGAUGGAGCGGAAUCCUGAAGGCGGAUAAAUAUCGGGAUCGCUGCCUGCAGGUGACGCUGCUGCAGACAAAAACCAAGGGCAGCGAGGACUGUCUGUACCUGAACAUCUUCGUUCCACAGGGACGAAAAUUGUCGAAGAACCUCCCGGUGAUGGUGUACCUGUUCGGGGGGGCCUUCCUGUUGGGGGCGUCCAACGACCUGGCAAUCCUCGGGGACUCCCUGUACGACGGGAAAGAGAUGGCCGACCACGGCGACGUUAUCGUGGUGUCGGUGAACUAUCGAGUUGGGACGUUGGGUUUCCUCAGCACCGGAGACGCCCGGCUGCCAGGAAACUACGGUCUGUGGGAUCAGCACGCCGCCCUCUCCUGGGUCCGCAGGAACAUCGCGGCGUUCGGAGGAAACCCCGACAACAUCACUGUCUUCGGCCAAUCAGCCGGAGCCGCCAGUGCCAGCUUCCAGAUGCUGUCUCCCUACAGUAAAGGUUUAUUCCGCAGAGUGAUCACACAGUGUGGUGUGGCCCUCAGCCCGUGGGCUCUGCAGAGGAACCCGAUGGCUCUCACUAAGAAGAUCGCUCGUAAAGUCGGCUGCUGGAGGAAGGAUGAAGACGAGAUGAUCACGUGUCUGAAGAUGAGCGACCCGGUCGGUCUCACUAUGGGGGGGAAAAUUGACGUGCUGCUGAUUCUGGGAAAAGGUACGGUCAUGGAUCUCAUGGAACUUGCUCCGGUGGUCGACGGCGACUUUAUCCCAGAUGAUCCCAGUAAGCUGUUUCACAACGCGGCUGAGUUCGAUUACAUGGCCGGGGUCAACAGCAUGGACGGACACAUCUUUGCUGGAGUGGACGUUCCUUCUAUCAACAUGAAAAAUGGCAACAUCACUGUAAAGGACGUGAGUGGUCUGCUGGUCGGUCUGACUAAAGAGAAGGGAACCACCGCCGUCGACUCGGCCCUCGAUGUUUACUCAUCUCACUGGGGGAUUGCUCCGGAGCCGGAGGUGUUGAAGAAGACCGUGGCCGACAUCGAGACUGACUUCCUGUUCCUGGUUCCCACUCAGAUCGCCCUCAACCUCCACGCCAACAACACCAGUGGCGCUCGUACCUACUCCUACCUGUUCAACAUGAAGACUCGUAUCCCAGGAUUCCCUCGCUGGGUGGAGGCGGAGCACGGCGAGGACCUGCAAUACCUGUUCGGGAAACCCUUCGCCACGCCACUGGUCUAUUUCCCCCGACACCGAGACCUGUCGAAGUACAUGAUCGCGUACUGGACCAACUUCGCCAGGACCGGUGAUCCCAAUGAAGGUAACAGUAGAGUCCCAGCAACCUGGCCCGCCUUGACUAAAGCCCACCGACCCUACCUGACCAUCAACCACAAGAUCACCAAGUCCUCCGUCAGCUACGACCUGAGAUCCAACUACGUCACCUACUGGACCGACACCUACAGUCGCCUGCCGUCCGUCAGUAGGGAAGAAAUCUGAGUCUGCUGGUUUUAUUUGUAACUUUUCUUCCUUAGUGCUCGUUUUGAAUAAUUACAAACUGCAGGAAGUGAAGACAAGAACAGAAUAAUUAACAGAUUCCACAAAUGAACAAAUUCUUCUCUUGUGUAAUUAAUUAAGCUUUUCUUUUUUACCAACUUUGGUCAGCUGCGUAGACUCUUGUGCGAUAUUUUCAGAUUUCUUCAUUUUCAGGCUGGUUUUAUGGAUUUCGAGCUAGUCGUCGUUAACGUUGUGUAAUUAGCCCUUUAAUAGUAAACAUGAUGAUGUAUUUUUGUGGGCAGACCGUAGUUUGAUGCCGAAUAAUUCUCUAAUCUACUGUAUGUUAGCUAACGCUGGCUAGCAAGUGUUACUUGAGAGGCUUAACUUUAACCAACGUGACCAGAUUGGCUGACGCUGAACCCUACAUGCUGACUCAAUGGAUUACCUGAACGACAUUUACACACCUGAUAGAGAAACCAAACGUGUAAAGAGAAACUUUAGAUAACUAUUGCACCUGUGGUAAUUGUAGGAAACAAUUUCCUCUGCGUUCGGUCUCUGGGCAUGACAUAACUUUGGACACAUAUCCAUACCUGCAACAGACAAUACUUUAUUAAAACUCAUCCGAUAUGAAGUGUGCGCUAACACCAGCACCAACACAACAAUCCUUGUGUCUUAUUAUCGUGUUUAACCAUAGUUGUCUUUUUUUUACAUCUGGUAUGCUAUAAAAUUUAAACUCAGCAAGAAAACAUGUCAAAUGUGUAACUUUAGUGGUUAUUAAACUUUAAUCUCUCAGGAGAUUCGUGUUUGCCUCC